AUGCAAAAGUUAACUAUUCUAUUUAAUGCCCCCAACGUAUUUAAGACUGAAAUGAAAACAUUCUACAACCACCAUCUCUUAUACACAGGUUCUUACCCAGUGGAAAACAGUUUUUAUCUUAUAUGGUUUCAAGAUGAGGAUAAGUACUCCAUUGUUGAAAAAAAGAACAUUGUAGAGAAAGAAGUAAACCUGCGAGAGAUGCUUACAGUUAAAGGAGCAAAAGGUCGAUGGACUGGCCGUCUUAUGUUUGUUGGUAUGUAUUUCAAAACUAUUUAAGACUUGAUUUCAACGAACGAACGAGUGAAAUCUGGCCCAGGUAUGCGGUUGAUUUUAAGAUCUUUAAUGCUGAAAAUUGCUUUUCAUAGGAUCAAAAGGUGACUGUCAAACAAGGCUGACUAAUUAUGAAACCAUGCUCAGUCCUGCUACUGAAGACAAAUAUAGAGACGAUGGUGAGAGCGAAAAUGGAAUGGAGGGGCAAAAAGAAAAUGAAAAGCAAGAAGGUAAAAUAAGUUUGACAACAAGCGAAGAGGACAAUUUCAACUUACAAUUGUUAUUUGUUAGUAUCAAAUUGUGGUAAAUGAUUAAUACAAAUACAUGAAAUACAAUGUCAAUGAUUUGUUAUGUGUGUCCUUAUUCGAGGAUAGAAGCAUAGUUGAAGAAUACUUUUUCUUCAAUAUUCAUACCUACAGUACGGUACCGGUACUCAAGAUUCCUACCUUCAAGAUUCGCUAUUCCUAAAGGCACAGUAACCCAAAUAUUGAUAAAUAUAAAUUUUUGCAAGUUAAUAAAUAUUCAAACUUGUAUCAGAAAUAUUCAUAUUCCUACCAAGUACUAGAAAUAUCCAUAUUACUACUAGAAAUAUUCACAUUCAAACCAUUUUUGAAAUAUCCAAACUUAGUUCAAAUCCAGUAUUCAAUAUACCCCUAUAGCUGAUCUAUAUAUAAGGAUGGUCGUAGCACAUUCAUUCUGGACCAAAGUUCACGUCUUAGUUUAUGUGCAAAAACCUGACCUCCAGUACAUUUCUUUUUAGUUUGUUCACAUUAAUACAUUUCCUUAGGCUCUCAGAAGAAAAAGCGUAAGACGUCAGCAUUACAGUCAGACUCAGAACCAGAGGAAGAUGCCAAUCUUUCACCCAAAAAGACCAUGGGUAAAAGAGUUUAUACCUGUUAUGUUUUGAGUCUCUUAAUAAUUGGUUCUUUUCAUUUCAAAAAAUGUAGUCGUAAAAUAAUAUUGUUCUUCACAAUUGUUCUUACUUGAUUGAUACUUCACUUUUUUAGCCCAGGAUGUGGAGAAUGAGAUGCUCAAAGUGAAGAACUUAUUGAAAAAAAAAGUGAGAAAACUUCUCCAAUUCUUAAUUUAG